AAAAAAAACCUAAAGCCAUUGAAAUCAUGUAUGUUUUAAGACUUCAUAUAAUCCAAUUAACUGCACGUGGAAGAGGAGAAUUAGGCUACAAGUAAAGUUUUUGUUACAAAAUAUGAAUGGUAUCAUCGAAAUAUUCCUCUUAACAGUAGGCUAAUACUUAAUGUUAUUGUACAUUAAAUGACAGGAUUUUGAGAUUCCUUUCAUUUUCAGUGUUUAAACUAAAAUUAUCUUUUUAGGGUGAGAGACCCUCUUUAAAUUAUGAUAACUAUGUUUAGUGUUUCAUGUCCUCUUUAAGUAUUAGCACAUACUGUAUAAUAAGUUUUUUUUUGUUUCUUUACAAAAUAUAUAAGUAUAACCAGUGCUGGUAUGUCCACCAACCAAACAGAUGUGCUGUAAGAUUAAACUGAACAUCAGCAUUUUAUUAACCGCCUUAUUGCGUUGCCAUUUAUAUCCUGUGGAGGGCAGCACUGUGCCGGAGACGGUUGCAUUUGCUCCACAUUUCACAGAAGAAGAAAAGGUUUAUUUGCGCAUGCGCGAGUCUGAAGCGUAGCAAAGUAAAAUAUCUUGGUUCAAUUUAGUUUUUGUUGGAAAAUAAUCCUUUAGUUUGCUUUAGACUUACGCUGUAUAGUUUAUAGAUACACAUGUUCAGGACAGUUCUUUUUUUUUAACGCUCGGCUGAAAGUUCUUUUUCUUCUUCUCGUCAUGAAAUUCAUCUUUAACGAGGCUUUUGUUUUGAAAGUUUUGUCUCCGCCGGGGUUUAAAAACAAGGAGGGAAAAUCUUCACGGGACACAAGAAGCUAAAAACGCGCUGCAAAUGUCUCUAAUGUGUUUUUGUUUAGUUUGUUUUUCACAAAACGUCACUGUGGCUGUCAGGCUUGAUUGACACGGUGGCCGUGGCGGGAUGCAAACACCAGACUCUGACGGAGCUGAACAGUCUCAACAGCCGCUGGUUUUCUUUGACUUGGAGACGACUGGGCUGGAUAAGAGUUGUGAAAUCGUCCAGCUGGCUGCAGUGAGUGGAGGCCACUCACUGAACCUCUACGUCAUCCCUCGGUCUCGAAUACAGCGAGGAGCAGCCAAAGUGACCGGCUUCAGGGUCCGCAGACAGAGGCUCUACCUCCAUCGCCAGCUUGUCCUCACCAACUCCCUGCGAGAGGUCUUGGUCUCCUUCAUAGCUUUCCUCAAGAUGCUUGGACGCCCGCUCGUCAUUGGCCACAACAUUCGCCGCUUCGACUGUCGGCUGUUGGCUCGAGCUCUUGAUGAACUUGACCUCAGAGCAGACUUUGAGUCAGCAGUCUUCGGCUGUGUUGACACUCUGCCGCUGGCUUGAGAGAUGCUGAAGGACCGCGGCCUCCGGAGUUUCCGACAGGAGAACCUGGUCAGGGAGCUGCUGGGUGUAAACUACAGGGCCCAUGAUGCUUUGGAGGAUGUGCGGGCAUUACAGGCACUGUACAGUGUUCUACAGCCCACACCAGACUUGAUUAGUAGGCAUAGGUUUACUUUGGACACAAUGGAGAACAAACCAGCUGCUAAAUCUAAAGUGCCCUGUGAGCCAGCAGGACAGCGCCCCCUGUGGGAGCACUUCAGACAGACGGUGAAGGUCACAGAGAGCAGUUGAAGACAAAGCUACAAGGUAGAACAUGAGAAAUCACUUGAAACGCCCUCUUCAGUGGAGCAAAAAGGAAUGAAUAUCUGUUUGUGGAAUCUUAAAGGUCGAGGAAAGCAUACGAAGACAAUGAAUGCACAUCUGGAAGUCACACUGUGCUACUUUAGCCUGAUGCAGCACUUAGAUCAGGGUGUGAUGGGUUUUUUCCUCAGCCUUGUAGGGCCCUAAAUUCUUCUAGACGACUUUGUCAAAUUGGAGUUACCAAUCUGUACGCUUCAGUCUCGCCUUGUUGAUCGUUCCAACAACAUGCACUUUAAUUUAUUGCACAGUACUGACCAGAUUGGAGAAAUGCGAGUCAGUCACAGCUGUAAAUAAGACUUUCCUUAUACAUAUGUUAAAAUGGAUGUUGAAAUUUGGGUGCUCUUGCCACCUCUUAAGCUCCUCGCCAUUUAUUUCAGGAACAAGAAACAGACAUGAGUAUUUCUGAACAACAAGUGGAGUCAGACGUCUCUUUAUGUGAUUUAUAAAUGGUGAAAAUGUAAGUAGUUGCAGGCAGAUUGUUCUCCGGUUUCAAUUUCUAGUCGGCAGCUUGAUUUUUAAUUAUCUGUGGGAGGAAAUAGUGCUGACUGUUAUUGAGAAAAUUCAUGCACUGUUUUUUACUGAGGGUAAAUAAAUGCGUUAAUAAAUGUUUUGUAUUUCUACAGUGUGUCCUAAAUGAAUCAAUAUUUCAGUAGGGCUGGGAGAUAUGGUUAAUAACACAGUGAUAAUAAUAAUAAUAAUAAUGAUAGUUUCAUACAAUACAAUUUCACAUAAAGUUGAUUAUUGUCCAGCUCUAAUUUCAAGGUUUCAAGGUUCUCUGAGUUAUUGGAAAUGUAAAGGGUAACUUUGGUAUCUCAAUCUGGGCCCUAUUUUACCAUGUUUUCAUGUCUAAAGCCCCGUUUCCACCAAACACUUUCAGUAUGGUACCUAUGGAACCAACAGUAACCCUUCAGACAUGGUACCUAGACCCUAGCGUUUCCACUGCAAACAGUCCUCUUAAAUGUGGGCGGGGUUGUUGUCACUCACUGCUCCGUCCAGCACUCACUGUAUUCCCUCAUCAGUGGUGACACAGAGGGAAGUCUGUACCUCGUUUAUCGUCCACAGAACGAGGCUGCACGCCGACAUUUUCAGGACAAAAUAUAACAGGCUGCAGUGAGAGUCUCUCUCCAUGGGAUAUUUAGAAAUAGCAGGUUUGUGCAUUUAGUCCUUCUCAGGCAAGCUCAGGGGUUUAGUGUUGCCGUAGCCCACAGGAAUGAGCUCCGCAGUGUUUUUUUUUUUUUCUCGAGUGAGGAUUAGAAUAUAUGCAGUUCACAUAACCUGGGCGAAAUUAUAUAUAAAAAUCCUUUAAGAUCC